AUGGCUCCCAAGCAAAAGUCGCCCGUCUACGUCCUCGGCGUGGGCAUGACCAAGUUCAUCAAGCCCCGGGGCAAGGUCGACUACACCGAGCUGGGCUACGAGGCCGGCGUCAAGGCGCUGCUGGACGCGCACAUCAGCUACGACGACGUGGACCAGGGCAUCGCGUGCUACUGUUACGGCGACAGCACCUGCGGGCAGCGCGUGUUUUACCAGUUCGGGCUGACCAAGAUCCCCGUCUACAACGUCAACAACAACUGCUCGACGGGCUCGACGGGCUUGGCCAUGGGCCGCACGCUCAUCGCCAACGGCGCGGCCGACUGCGUCAUGGUGGUGGGCUUCGAGAAGAUGAACCCGGGCAGCCUGCAGAGCUUCUGGAAGGACCGCGAGAACCCGACGGGCACGACGGUCAAGAUGAUGGCCGAGACGAGGGGCGUCACGAAUGCUCCGGGCGCGGCGCAGAUGUUUGGCAAUGCUGGGAGGGAGUACAUGGAGAAGUACGGCGCCACGGCGGAGGAUUUCGCGGAGAUUGCGAGGGUCAAUCAUGCUCACUCGCCGAAUAACCCGUACUCGCAGUUUCAGCAGGUGUACACGCUGGAGGAGGUGCUCAAGUCGCCCACGAUCCACGAUCCGCUGACCAAGCUACAGUGCUGCCCUACUUCGGACGGUGGUGCGGCAGCGAUCCUGGUGUCGCAGGAGUUUCUCGACCAGCGGCCGCAUCUCAAGGCGCAGGCCGUGGAGAUUGCUGGGCAGUGUCUAGCUACGGACGGCGCGAGCGUCUUCUCCCGCAGCGCCAUUGACCUGAUGGGCUACGAGAUGACGCAGCACGCGGUCAAGACGGCGACGGGCGAGGCGGGCAUCUCGCCGCGGGACGUGCAAGUCGUGGAGCUGCACGACUGCUUCAGCGCAAACGAGAUGGUGGCCAUUGACGCCCUCGGGCUGAGCGACAAGGGCAAGGCGCACGAGCUGGUGCGCAAGGGCGACAUCACGUACGGCGGCAAGUUCCUGAUCAACCCUUCCGGCGGGCUCAUCUCAAAGGGCCACCCGCUGGGCGCCACGGGCAUCGCGCAGUGCGCCGAGCUGGUCUGGCACCUGCGCGGGUGGGCGAACAACCGGAACGUUGCCAACACGCGAUACUGCCUGCAGCACAACCUUGGCCUGGGCGGCGCCGUGGUGGUUACGGUGUACAGACGUGCGGACGGGGGAUUUGCGCCGAAGUUGGAUUCGAAGGCGGUUGGGGAGGUGAAUGGGCUGGGAUACAAUCCGGCGGUGGAGGCGAGGGGGUUUACGAAGACGCAGGCGGAGGCGGUGAUGAGCAAGAAGGCGAGGAAUGAUUGGGCGCUGCAGGAUACGCUGCAAAAGGUUGAGUCGCGGUUCUAG